UGCUGUGCCCAAAACGUGAGCGCCAUAGAGCCAGGAUCCCUAACCAGUCAGUGUGGGAAGUAAGUGUGCCACCUAUGAAGGCAGCGGUGCCCAACCCCCACCCUGCACAAAUGUUCCACAUCCUCUGGGCACAGGCUGAGCGCAGCGCUGAGACACAGCUGAGAAUUAGAGGGAAAGAGAGGGCAGUGAAGUGGAAAUAUGGAUGAGCAUCAGAGAAGGACAGAAAUAGAGCGAUAAAGCAGUGAAUCAGGCGGAGGCACGGAGAGGAGGAGGAGACAUGCAGAGAGGCUGAUGCUGCGUGCAGACUGUAGCAGGAAGCUCUUUGUGUCGUGUGUGGCUGUGAGAACCUCGUGGAUUUGCUCCCGUCUCCGUCCCAGCGGGGUCCGUUGCACCAGAAUGCAGAACAACGGCAGCUGGAGGAUGCGACUGUGGCCGGAUGCUAGGAUCCACGUGGGCCUGUGACUCCUCAGCUACCUUCUUCAUGGUGGGGAUGGCUCCAGCGGCACUGACCCAGAUUGUGGAGUCGUGGCUCUUCGCCCCGCGCCGCCCCUCCAGUGCUCUUUGGGUGUGAUGUGCACGAGGAAUACUCUACACGGAGACCCCUCAACCCGCCGCCUCUGCUGACGUCUCCGUGGAAACACGGACCCCACGCCGCCAGGCGACGCCAACACGGAUCCAGAAGAAGAAGAAGAAGAAGAAUCCCCAGCUGUGACCAAACAACAUCUGGGCGUGGAGAGCCGGGAGCCGGCUGCGCCUCAGCAGGGUGGACAGCAGAUGGUGUCACUGCAGCAGCGCUUCUCCAGCAUGGAGGAGACAGUGCGCACGCUACUACAGAACCAGGACUCAUUGGAAGGGCCCAAGGUGGACCCGCUGGACCUGAUGAAAGCCUACAAGGACAAACUCUUGGAAGAAAUGUGGAAGCAGCAGGACAGUCUGGAGGGUCCCACAGCAGCGGAGAUGCCUGCCCCCCCCGAGGGGGGCGACGGGUCAGAGGACAAUGCAAAGGACAGCAAUCCUCUGCUGGAGCAACUGCGAGCCCUGGAGGCUGAGAACUCUGCUCUGUCCAUGGAAAACGACAAUCAGAGGAAGCAGUACGAGCGCUGUCUGGACGAGGUGGCUAACCAGGUGGUCCAGGCCCUCCUCACUCAGAAGGACUUGAAGGAGGAAUGUGUGAAGCUGCGGACCCGUGUGUUUGACUUGGAGCAGCAAAACCGUAUACUGAGCGUGUUGUUUCAACAGCGUGUCAAAACGUCCACGAGUCCUGUCUCCCAGGAGGUCCAAAGGAAUGGAAAGGCAUGUAUUCCUGCAGGGAGGUGGCCCAGCCUGCUGAGCCUCACCUGCCCACGCAGUAGUGGCAGUGGCAGUGAGCUGUCUCUAUCCAGUGCUUGUAGUGAGUACUCCAGUGGCUCCCACACUUGGGCAGAGGGACGUGGAUUCUCCAAGCAGUGUGCUGCAAGCCGGGACAAAAGGAUGAGUACGGGCUCAGUAUCCAGCAACCACUCAGCACCCAUCGAGCAGGCAGACCUGGGAUGGAAGGAAGGCCACAUACUCAAAGGUCUGAAGCACCUUCAAAUGUGCGGCUCCAAAGAGGCAUCCUCAAACGCGUCGGUGCCUCACUGCAAAGACUGCAUGACUUCCAAUGAGGGAAUAUACUCGUUUGGUCUCAAGUGUGGCCAACAAGGGAAUACAAACAAGCAAUUAGCCCCGACAAGUAAAUCUUUGAAGGCCGGAGCAGUGAUCACUGCCCGAGACUCAGAUGAUGCCAAAAAUGAAUCAACGAAAUUACAAAGUAGAGAAUCCAGUGAACCACCAACAAAAGAGCUUGUUUGCUUGCAGAAACUGGAUGUCACAAGGGAUGAUGACAACAAUUUUCAAGAAGAUCCUGUAAAACUUGCAGGGAAUUCUGGUCUUUUUCCCUCACCUGUCACAGACAACUUUUUGUUUUUAGAGGCCCCCUCAGUAAAACCUGGUGUAAGCCCAACAGAUGGCCUCAUGCAUUUGGAGGAAAAAAACAAGACCACCACCAUGAAGUUAAGCGACAGAAAUAAUAACCAGGAAAGGUCUACCGACCGUAAAUCCAGACUUGAUCAUGUCAAAAGACAACAGGGCCGACUUGAAGUCGAAGCAGAUACAAAUGACGUGAGCUCCUCUGUUCAGCCCUCUGCCACUAGCGCUCUGAGCUAUGUGAGUGUAGCCAGACAGCGCAGCUCCUCAAUGGAGGUUCGUCACUGCAGAGACCAGGCGAGUCAAGCUGGGAGUGAAAGCCAGGCCUCCAGCGCCUCAGACUCUCCACAGAGGAAACCGAAACCUCAACUUUGCGACUCAGCAAGAAAGGCUUUCAUUCUGCGGAGUAAAAGUGCAGAUGGAGGGAAAGAACAAUCUAAGCAAACACAUUCUCCCCUCCAUCAAAAACUUAUUAAGGGCCACAGGUCCAAAGGACAGUCAAACCCUCCUGGCCAAAGUGUUCCUAGCAAAAGUACAAAUCUCAGUAAAGCACAGGGUUCAUUAUCUAAAGUUGAGAAAGAUGAGAACCCUUUGGUGUCAACAAGUUCCAAGUCUCUUAAGAGUGUGCGCUCUCCCCUAGCUUCCCCUGUGAAACAUGUGAAGACAUUUAAGCCCCCGGGGAUCAACGAAUGCUCAAAGAGCCCAACAAAAUCAUCUUUGCAAUCAAGCAAUGAGUCUGUGGAGGAGAGCCUCUAUGACAACUUACCCUGCUCUCCACGAAAACAACGCCGCCAAGACCAACACUCGGAGGUUUCCCAUUUGGAACGUCGGUCCCCGUCCCCCCCGCGGCCCCCAGGUCGAACUGCUUCUCUGGUCCUUCGCCCCAGUUGUGACAGCUUACCCAAGGCCCAUUCAUCUGCAGGUCAGACGCCAAGCUCCAUUACUGGGAAGACAACAUCGAGCACCACCAGGCAACAAUCAUAUAUCCCUUGUAUUUUACAGCCACAACAAUCCCUCCCACCAAACGAUAAUCAACGUUCAGCCCCACAACCGGCCCAGCUCUACCAUACCCAUUCAUGCAAGAUGCCAUCAGCCUCACUUCGAGAGUCAGUCCAGCUAUCGAUGGACAGAACUGCCACCGGCCACGAUGAACAUGGUGCUUCUUCUAUAUUUCCAAGUCAGAGCAUCUUACAGCGAUCCAAACAGAGCAUUAGUGAGCCCAGACUUUCAGAUGUUUUUCCUCAGGCAUAUUCUAAGAUGUACUACCACGGGAUUACCAACAACCCUCAGAGUUCCACCUCAAGACCUGUAAAAAUGGCUCUCCCUGUAAACGCUAAAUCUCACGAGGCAAUUUCUGGACAGGAAACCAGUACCUUCCUGGUUUUUGGAAGACAUGACAAAAAUGAAACAAACUCCACUGCAAAAGGUACAUUUCAGACUUUUACGUGUGAUCCCCAAAUGAUACAUGAAUGUGGACGUCAUGAUAAAGUCCGCAGAAAGAUGGAGACCCGCUGUAACUCACUGGAUUCUGAGCCCCCGGUUCAACCUGUGGCAUCAGACAGUGGGGUGAUGCUGGAUUGGGGUUUUGAUGAGGAGGGUUGGCUGUUUAAACGUUCAGUGUCUGUGUCGACCAGACCUCCGCUCAAGCCAGUAAUGGGAAUGAACGGAGCCAAGGCUCGCAGCCAGAGCUUUGGUGCACGCUACAUGGACAGGCCAAGCUUCAACAGAUCUGGAAAAGUCCGAACUCAGAUCAAAACGCACUCAGGGAGCUCCUUGAACUCUCUUAAUGAUGUGCUUCCGGGAAGUAUGAGUUGCUCGAGUAGCUACCAUUGUCCGAUGAAUCGAUCCCUUUUGAACAACUUUUUGAUUGAAGAGGGCCUGACACCACCUUCACAAUUGGGGUCGUCCAGUGAAAGACUCCAGAGUCUUAAACUCCAACGAGAGCAGGCUCGGCGCCUUCAGAUUGAGCAACAGUUCUCAAGCGCCUUUGGCGAGCCAGUUUCUGAGGAACCAGAGAGACAAAGUUCUAUAACUACAAUUGAAGAGAAAGUGAUGCUCGGCAUAGAGGAGAACCUGCACAAGUCUCAGGAACAAGAGAGAACCAUUGAAGUGAAGCCAAAAUCGGGCUCAACUUUAGCAAAUUGGUUUGGUUUUCGUAAGAGUAAGCUUCCUGCUCCGAGCAGCAAAAAGACUGAUCCAGCCAAAGUUAAAGAGGAGAAGAGGGAGCAAAAGAUGACAUCACUCCUGGGAGGAAAACAGACUAAGACUGAUAAAAAGAGAGACAGAAGAAAAAGUGAUGGAAAAGACUGCUCUGUGGGGAUGAGAGACUCUCACGAUGCCGUGCGGGCUUGCAUCUCAAUGCCCUGCCCAGGAAUGUCCCUGAAUGAGAUACAAGGACAUUCGGACACCAUCAGGGACCCAAAGAUGCAGAUGGUCAACCUGAGAGCUGAUGGUGACAAUGGAUCCACAGUGAAGAGCCCCAACCAGGACGCUGUAAUAGGCUCCGGCUGCAAGAUGCGAACGUUGGACAGUGGAAUUGGCACCAUCCCUCUUCCUGAAUCCUGUUCCUUCUUCUCCUCCAUCCUGCACCUCCUCCCCAAAUCCUCAUCGAUACAUGAACAGUCCCUCAGUCCACCCAGUGUCCCUGGUUCCUCCAGCGAGGACAUGUCUCCUUCCCCGUUGCCCCGGUGGAGAAUACCCUCCAGCUUUAAGGACUGCAGCCUUGCAGGGGCGCCCUCCUUCUCCAACUCCUCCAUGACCCACAUCCACUCAGUGCCUUUCCCGUCUGUGGCCUUCCUCCAGCCGAUCCAACCCCAAUGUGACCCCAUUGUGACCUCUGUCCGUGUGUGUGAUUCCCAGAGCAGGCUCCCCAGACCUCCACCAGGUGGGUUGGAACCAAAGAAGUUGACUUAUAUCAAAUCGAAACCACGGGCCUCUCCAAGUCAACAGAAAGAGCAGAAAAGACUUCAGCUGGCCAACUGUAAGAGACCAAGCAUUAGGAGUUUCUGACCCUAAAGCCAGGAACCCAUGGCUCAAACCCACGGAGGAUCCCUCCGUCACAGGAUGAAAGCUCAUCUUCCACCUGCCUGGAGAUACUCAGUAGCCUUUCAGGUGUGUAAUGAACCGUGUGGAGCUGCAGGUCAUCAGCUGGGAGCAGCUCUCUGAACCUGAAGCUCUCCUGUCCCACAGGAACAAACCAUCAACACGGACACAAGCUUCUGAGCUGAACUAAACCUUGUUCUGAUUUAACAGGAACUUCCAUAAUCACAGCAUGGAAACACGUUACAGCAAAUGUUUUCUAUAUUUGCUUCUCCCACCUGGUCUUAAAAACAUGUUUAACACGAUGACGUCUCAAACAACACAAUUUAUAGUCUUUCACUCUUUAGAUCUCAUUACCCUACAUGAGCGAGGCUUUCUGACUGUGAGGCUGAAGAAGCUAAAUAACUCUAUUUGAUUCCAUUUUUUAAACAUAUUUUUAAGAAAUGGUUAAUCCAAGUUUAAAUAUUUAAUAAACUUUGCACAAGCACAUCCAGUUCAUCACCAGACUUCCAUUAUAGCUCCAGCUGUGGCAACUUUUGGAGAUUAAUGAUGCAAAUUAAAGGCCUGAACUACAAUCUGCUGAGCAUGGAGAUUUUCAUUUUAAAUACAUGUUUAUGGGAAGAUCUAAUUCUGCUUUCCAAGCUACAAGGAAUAUGUCAUUUAUUUUACACCGGACCCUAAUAAAUUCACAAACCCUGAGCUCCACCCUGAAGGCGUUUUAUGUGCAGCGCUUCCUUCAUGAGCUCUUCUCACCUAGUGGUCAUGUGAUUCUUGAAGCGUGCACUAUUUUGUGGGAAAUCUUUUUUACUGUCACAAUGUUCAACCCGCAUGCAACCAUCCAAGACUUAUUGUAACCACAGAAAGUCAUGUGACACAAGGUAAAAAAUACUCAGCAAUUUUAAAAAACAAAUUAUCAUCACCUGAGUAAAGAUCAUUGAUCGUGGGCCUCACUUUCACGCAUGAAGAUACUUGUGUUUAGUGUCACAUUGGGUCUCACAUGUGUACUGUAUUCUGUAUUUCUUACAUAUUUCCACAGUUAUGACAUCAAGACAAAGCAGUGAGUUUUGCAUGUAACCGUAGCAGCUGGUGGGCACGUUGUGCACGUUGUGCACGUGUUUGUCUUUGAUAGAUGCUGUGGAGUUAAUAAGUCAACUUCCAUUUGAAAAUAAGCUGCUAACCAGGGAGGCGUUGGAUGCUUUUGGUAGUGAUGCAGUACAAAGUUUAUCCGGAUCAAAAGAAGACGUUCCAUUGAUAAUGUUUUUGUGUUGUUUAAUUACAACAACCUUUAUUCUACCUUAACCAAGUAGUUUUAUUGCUAAAACCUCACCCAUUGAUUCACAGACUGAAAUGUACAAAAGGUAUUUUGAGUAAGAAGCCUGACAUUCAUCAUAUCUCGUAGUUUCUAGAAAACACCAACAUGUUCUCCUGUGGAACACAUCAGAUGUCAUUGUACUGCGAUGGUUUAAAAGCUGCUGUUUGUGUCCGUACAUUUACCUGUGAAAUACCUGUACCACUUUUGUAUGCCGUGUCCCUUAUAGUAAUGCUUUUGGUGUUUUUUGAAUGCAUCCAGACAGAUUUUAGCUGCCUUGCGAUGUUUUUCCUCUCAACGUUGUCGGCCCCUUUGUGAAUAAAUGUUUGCUAAAAUGCACAUUGCCAAACACUGCUCUGAGCUAAUCAAAUACAGUAAUGAAUGCAACUAAAUCUACAUAUCACAUUUGUCAUAGUGAGUGUAGCAAUAUAGUUUCCACACUAGACAGUUUACACGUGAUGUAGAACCAUGGAGCACAAUGUCAUUAAUCAUGUCAUCUCACUGUAUUCACCUCUUUAAAGCUUUCCUCAUUCACCACACAUACAUGUUGAAGGUAAUCUUUAUAAACUUGAAGGAAAGUUCAAGCCAAUAGCAUCACACGGGUUGAAUGACAGAUCUAUGUAGCGUGAGACGAGGUGUUGAUGGGUCAGGGAUCCGAUUGGCUGUACUGAUACGGGUAGAUUGAGCACGGCUCACAUAACGAAGAGUCUCACUCUCACAAGAGUAUUGUAUUUUUCUAACAUUUACCCUGUAAUUUGAUUUGUACUCAGCACUGAUGGGUGUCAUUUACUAUUUAUAACACAUAUUCUUACUUACUAUUACAGUUAUUCUCCCUCUAAAUGGUUUUUUGGUUCAGAACCCAAUAAUAACAGUGAUUUUCUUGUGUGACAGUCACCUUAGCAGUAUGGAGUGAGAAUUGUAUAUUACUGAUAUUCUUUGUUUUAUGUAAAAGAAGAAAGAAAAAAAUAAACUAUUUCAAUACUUA